AUGAACUUUUGGAACAGCGUGAAGGAUCUCGCCACGUGGCGACAGCUGCUGGAAACACUACGCAGCAACAAAGUUGUGUUGCGCGUGGUCACGAGAAACAUACAGAUGAUUAAGAAGCACGAGGGCUUGGAAUCUCACCUUGACGAAGGCAGGAAGUCCGUGCAUGCAGUUCGAGCCACCUGGUAUAUAACUGGAGCGUCGUGCUACACUUCCAUUAAGUUGGUCCCCUUCAACAUGUUCUCAAUUUUACUCUGUGCUUUGGUGGCAACGGCUGCUGCAGCCCCAAACCACUACGGACCACCUCCAACCGGAUUCUAUGGCAUUCCUGGUCCAGUCAUUCCCAUCCUGAAGGACGAGCGUGAAGGACCUGAUGCGUCUGGAGUAUACAGCUUCGAGUUCGAGACUGGCAAUGGCAUCAAGCGUGAGGAACAAGGUGCCCCUCAAGGACCAUCUGGUGCAGUGGCAAUGCAAGGAAGAUGGUCUUUCACUUUCCCCGACGGCUCUCCCGCCGACGUGACUUUCGUCGCCGACGACGCUGGUUACCGCGUCGAGUCCGACCUGCUGCCCACGCCCCCUCCCCUCCCCGCCCACGCCAUCGCCCAGAUCGAGAAGGCUCGUCGGGAGGACGCAGCUGCUGCGGCCUUGAGCGGGCGUUACUCUGCCCCGCGGACUAGCUAUGGAUACCCAUGAUGUGCUCAG